CCCCACACGACCACAACCACUUCGAAUUCGAAUGGGAAUAAUGACAAGAGAAGCUGCUUAACUAGAUGCCAAAUUCAACCAAAACCAUCCGCCAUUUGAUUCCCCUUUUGUCUUCCCAUAAAUACCCUUUUCGUCUCCACUCCCCUAAUCAUCUCUUUCUUUUCACAUGGAAACAUCAAUCUCUGCACUAAUCGCACAGUUUAGAGGAUUGAUUCCAUUAACAACACCUUCCUUCUCCUUGUCGUCUUCGUCAUCAGUAUUCACGAUAUUGGCCUUGGUAGCUGGGAUUUUGGUCUACUUUUAUGGACCAUUUUGGGGUGUUCGGAAAGUACCAGGUCCUCCAGCCAUUCCCUUUGUAGGACACUUGCCUUUGCUUGCUCAACAUGGUCCCGAUUUGUUCUCUCUUCUCGCCAACAAAUAUGGCCCGAUCUUCAGGUUUCAUAUGGGAAGACAGCCAUUAGUGAUUGUAGCUGAUCCAGAACUAUGCAGACAAGUCGGGAUCAAGAAAUUCAAAGAAUUUCCAAACAGAAGCAUCCCUUCGCCUAUCUUGGCUUCCCCACUUCAUCGGAAAGGUCUCUUCUGGAUAAGGGAUUCAAGAUGGUCAACAAUGCGCAACACGAUACUCUCAAUGUACCAGCCAUCACACUUGGCAAAAUUAAUCCCAAUGAUGCAAUCAUUCAUCGAAACCACAUCUCAGAAUCUCCCAAUCGAAGAGGAUCAAGACAUAAACUUAAACGAACUUUCACUCAAAAUGGCUACUGAUGUGAUCGGAAAAGCGGCUUUUGGUUUUGAUUUUGGCCUCUCUAAACCUACCCACCAUCAACACAACGAUACCCAAAUCGACUCUUUCAUCAAGCAACACAUCUACUCUACAAAGAUGCUCAAAAUGGACUUGUCGGCUUCGUUUUCAAUCAUUAUAGGGCUCCUUCUCCCGAUACUCCAAGAGCCCUUUCGCCAGAUACUCAAGAGAAUUCCGUACACCCUGGACUGGAAAAUUGAAAGAACAAACAAGAACUUGAAUUGUCAUAUUGAUGAGAUUGUGGUCAAGAAGAUGGAAGACAAAGAAAGAGGAUCGAAUGAUUUCUUGUCACUGAUAUUGAACGCAAGGGAAUCAGAGACUACCACAACAAAAUUAUUCACACCAGACUACAUUAGUGGUGUCACAUACGAGCAUCUCCUUGCUGGAUCUGCAACCACAUCAUUUACACUUUCCUCCAUUGUUUAUCUGGUUUCUGGGCACCCAGAAGUCGAAAAGAAGUUGCUUGAAGAGAUCGAUGCAUUUGGUCCACACGAUAAGAUUCCAACUGCUGAUGAUCUUCAAUCAAGAUUCCCGUAUCUUGAUCAGGUGGUUAAAGAAUCAAUGAGAUUUUACGUAGUUUCUCCAUUGGUAGCACGCGAAACGUCAACACAAGUAGAGAUAGGAGGUUAUGUUCUCCCCAAGGGGACAUGGGUGUGGUUGGCGAUUGGAGUUUUAGCAAAGGAUCCGAAGAAUUUCCCGGACCCGGAUAAAUUCAAGCCAGAGAGAUUUGACCCGAAAUGUGAUGAAGAAAAGCAAAGGCAUCCAUAUGCCUAUAUACCCUUUGGGAUUGGGCCUAGAGCAUGUAUUGGUCAGAAGUUCUCUUUGCAAGAAAUUAAGCUCACUUUGGUUCAUUUAUACCAGAGAUACGUCUUUCGACACUCACCUAAUAUGGAAACCCCUCUGGAGUUUGAUUUUGGGAUAGUUCUUAACUUCAAAUAUGGUGUUAAGGUUAGAGCCAUUAAACGAACAUGAUUGUAACCUCCAUCAAAAAUCUUGUGUAAUAAAAAGAUUGGAAUGUAUCCAAAGAAUUAUGUCAGAGGAUUCUUCUUAUAUAUUGAUUGACCUUAGAUCAUAUCAAAGUAUACUCUCACAAACCACCAAGUUCAAGACGUACAUGAAAAUUGAGUCAGAAAUUCGGAAAGUUGUACACAAAAUUAAGAACCUUCAAGAAGAUGAUGGAAGGAUCUUGAUGCCACUUCCAAGUUCUAGUGCUAGAAUUGUGUAUAAUCUUAGGUGUAAUAUUCUUGAAAAGUGACCAUUGAAGAAUAUGUAUGUUCGGUUGACAAGUUCUUGGUCUUUAAUUUCUACACGUUGUUGGAUUGUUAGCCACUCAUCUUCAAAUUGUUGAUGUUGAUAUUGAUAGAAACUCCCAAAUAAAACAUCUUUUAAAUAUCCAAAUGCUAGGU